AGGAUUUUCAAUUCUCAUAACAUUAAUCGGAACAAUAUAUGAUAUAUUUAUAUAUCAAAAACGUAACGUGGUAAACGUGUCUGCAGCAUAUCGGAAAAAUAAAAUUGGAGAAAUAUUAAUAUGUUUUUCCGCUUACACAAAUACAGGAAAAAUAUUUAGCACAAAGUUGGACGCCGGCACAAUACCCGUUUUUCACUAUUUAAAAGUUCUAGGCAUGUGCUUGAUAAUCAUGUUCCAUGGUGUAUAUUAUAUAUUUAAUUCUCUCGAUAAUAAAGUACAGCUGUGGAGGUUCACUGAGAAUAAUAAAAUCAUAGGUGACAUGGGAUUCCUAGCAGUUGAUAUUUUUUUUCUUUCAAGCAGAUGUUUAGGGACGUAUAUGUAUUUGAAGCCGCUUGGUUGCAAAGAAAAAUUAAUCAAAUUAAGAGAUCGCGUAUUAAAAAGAUUUUUUCGGCUGACACCGGCUUACAUGACGGUGUUAGGAAUAGCGCAAUUAAGCUCGACUUGGUUUGAUAAAACAUCGAUAGUUUACAUGUACGAAAGAUCGCACGAAACUUGUGCGAAAUAUUGGUGGAGAAAUCUUUUGUACAUACAUAAUUUCUUUGGAUGGGAUGCAAUGGUACGAACACGUUUGAUUACGAUCAAUUUGAAAUUAUACUUGAAGACGCAUAAAACUUUUAUAAAAUUUUUAUUGCAUUACAGUGCAUGAGUUGGAGUUGGUAUCUAUCCAAUGAUA